GCUAUCGUAAACACUGCGGCGGUGUACGACGGUGUCUACAACUCGCUAUAUAAUAAUAAUAUAUUAUAAUAUAUAUUAUGAACAGUACGAUAUUUGUCUAUGAUUAUAAACUUUUACGUUCGCCAGCGAUUACGACUGCAUGGCCAUUGGCCGUUAAUCGUAAAUUACAGCAACAGUAAUAAUAAAUAGUAAUAGCUAUAAGUGCGCGUCGCCCGGUUUCCUUGAUGCAUCGGUUUGCCGACCCGUCGUCAUCGUCGUCUGCGCUGCGCGGACCGCGUCGUGUGCCGUACGACUGCUGCAAUAUGAAUAAUGACGUGCUCGCCCGCGCCGUGCCGUCAGUCGGUCGUUAAUCGGCGGAUGCGAUGAACGCGCCACCGUUAUUGAAAUCAAAAAGGCAGUGCAACAACGACGGUGCCAUCGUGACGGUACGCCACGCCGCGUCGUGAACGCCCGCACAUAUCGUACAUACAUACCGUCCGGGAGAUGUGGAUAGCAACAUGGUGUCUGGGCUUCGUCUUGUUCUCGUGUCCCAAUUGCCUGUUCGUUUGCAUAGGACGCGCAACCGCCCAAAACAUCACCAGCUGCGAUCCACUAGUAACCAAAAGCAAACCACAAAACUUGACUGUUACUAAUGUAACCAGCCGAUCAAUAACAAUAACAUGGCUCGCACCAAAAGAUGGCGAAGAUGGAAUAACCAAUUAUAAUCUUUAUUAUUCAUAUGACAAUAACACAUAUGCAAGAUUAUUGGCAUACAUACACACAUACACAAUUUUAGAUCUCAAACCUUUCACUGAAUACCAAAUACACGUUGUAGCCAAAUGUGGAAAUCAUAUAAAAAGUGAAUCUUCAGAUACGAUAAUGCAAUAUACUGAUAUUGACGGCCCAGGUCCACCAAUUAUUAUAAAUGCUACAUGUGUACCAGGAACUAAUGGCACAUCUAUUUUCUUACAAUGGACUAAACCUCAAUUAUUUUAUAAAUCAGUGGAUGAAUAUAUUAUAUAUGUUUCUUAUGACACUGAUUUUGUUAAAAAAUUCAACUUUUCAUUACCAAAAGACAGUAAUAAUAUAAAUCAUUUUCAGUAUGUUGUACAAAAUUUAACAGGCAAUACCAUGUAUGAAUUAAAAAUAAAUGGAGUUACAAAUAGUGUCCUUGGAAAUAAUGCAAUUGAAGGUAAAGCUUCAGAGCCUCGUUCAGUCUACUUACAUAAAGAUUGUGAUAAUGAUAGUACUUUGAAAAAUAAUCAUAACUUAAUAGAAAAUACAAAAUCUCUUUUAAUUGGCUUAUGUUGCGUGUUGGGAUUACUUUUCAUUGUGGCUGUUAUAUUAUUUUGGCAAUGCCAUCCUGUGUGUAGGGUAUACUUUCAUGCUGCUUAUUAUUAUCUGGAGGAUCCACCAUUUGUGUCACAUACUAUACCAACAUUGCCAAAUUCUGAUUGGUGGAAGCACAAACAAGAAUCUCAUGUUGUGACAGUGGACAGUUUUGCUAAGCAUGUAGCUAAUUUGCAUGUUGAUGGAGAUAUUGGCUUUAGCAAAGAAUAUGAAAUAAUUCAAGAAGAGUCCAUGAAUUUUGAUUUUUCAACUGAAUCAUCACAACUACCAGAAAAUAAAACAAAAAAUCGAUACCUUAACAUAGUUCCAUAUGAUCAUAGCAGAGUUAAACUCCAUGUUAAUAAUAUGCCAGGAAGUCAUUCUGAUUAUAUAAAUGCUAACUAUAUUGAUGGUUUUGAAAAGGCUAAUGCAUACAUUGGUACACAAGGACCAUUACCAUCAACAAUUAUUGAUUUUUGGCAAAUGAUGUGGGAACAACAUGUUCAUGUUAUUGUAAUGAUUACAAAUUUAGUGGAACGUGGUCGGAGAAAGUGUGAUUUAUAUUGGCCAAACGAAGGUACAGAGACAUAUGGUUUUAUUCAAGUUAAAUUAUUAAAAGAAGAACUUAUGGCUAUGUAUACUGUUCGUACAUUUCAAGUGCAUCAUACACGAGCUAAAAAGAAAAAAAAUGUACCACUAGGUAGAACUAUAUAUCAAUAUCAUUAUACUAACUGGCCUGAUCAUGGUACUCCAGAUCAUCCUUUGCCAAUUUUAAGUUUUGUGGAUAAAUCAGCUGGAGCUAAUCCAGCUGAUGCUGGUCCUAUUGUUGUUCAUUGCAGUGCUGGUGUUGGUAGAACUGGUACAUAUAUUGUAUUAGAUACUAUGUUAAAGCAAAUUAAAAGUGAAAAAGAAGUGAAUAUAUUUGAUUUCUUAAAGCACAUUAGACAGCAAAGGAAUUUUUUAGUUCAAACUGAAGAACAAUAUAUAUUUAUCCAUGACGCUUUAUUAGAAGCAAUAAAUUGUAUGUAUUCUAGUAUUAAUAGAAAAACCCUAGCAAGUUAUCUUCAAACAGACAUAAAUGAUUGUAAAAUUGCUUCAUUUGCUUCAGAUUUUGAAAAACAUUAUAAGAUGAUAACGUCAUUUGUUCCACAAGAAUAUUUGUUACUUUCUGCAAAUAAGCCCUUUAAUCGAAAUAAAAAUAGAUCUCAAGAAUUUGUUCCUGUAGAAAAUUCUCGAGUACACUUGACACCAAAACCUGGAAUUGAAGGAAGUGAUUACAUUAAUGCAUCUUGGAUAAUUGGAUUUAAACGAUUAGGAGAAUUUAUUGUUACACAACAUCCUCUUCAAAAUACGGUUUUAGAUUUUUGGCAAAUGCUCUGGGACCACAAUGCACAGACUGUAGUAAUAUUAACUGAUAUGAGUGAAGAUACGGAAUCACUAGUUAAAUUUUGGCCCGUGGACUCGGAUACAACAUUAGAUAGUGAUAAUUUUAAAGUUAAAAGUGUUCAAGAAGACAAAAUAGGAGAUGAUUAUGAAACAAGGGAUCUUGUUAUCCAAUCUAUACAAGAUGAUUUUAUGCUUCCAGUCAGAUUAAUUCACAGUAAAUAUUCUGUUAGAGAAUUAUCUUCAUUGAUUAAAUUAUUAGAAAUUGUUCAAAUGUGGCAUUUAGAAUACCAAAAUGGCCCUAUUGUUGUAGUAGAUAAAUUUGGUGGAACAGAAGCAGCAAUAUUUUGUUGUUUAACAACUAUUGGUAAACAACUACAACAUGAAAAUGUAGGGGAUAUUUCAUUGUAUGCUAAACUUUAUCAUAAUCAAAGACCAGGCAUUUGGAAGGAUAUAGAAAAUUACCUAUUAUUAUAUCGGGCUUUGGAACUUAUGUCUGGAGGAAGCUGUUUUAAUGUAUUACCAUCAAGCUCAAUUACCAGUUUAAAUAAUGUGGCAAAUGGUAGUCAUAAUUCACUAACUUUACCUAAUGGAAAUGCUCUUUCACCAAAUAAACAAAAUGGAGUAUUAAUUUCUCAGUCGUAAUUCAUAAUCCAGUAUGUAGUUUAAAGUAGCUGUUAAGUAGUUUGACUAAUAACUCGAUUGCCGUUUUGGUAUAUUAUCUAAGUCUAUUAGUAUCCUCAAAUUUUUAGAAAUUGUAUGUUUAAAUUGGUUAGUAGAUUUAUACUAUAAUUAAUCUUCUGUUGAUUUUUCUGAAUUUAAAAUAAAAACAAUUAUAGUUACAACUUACAAAAAAAGAAUAAAUGUUUACUAAAAUUCACUUAAAUUAAUAAUUAUUAUCGUUAAUUAUAAAAAUUAAUUAUCAUCAACAUUUUUUUUUUUUUUACUAUAACAUUUUUGAAAAUAACAAACUAUUUUUAGUUAAUAAUUGCAAUAUAUUUAAUAAGGCACUUAACUACUGAUUUACUUGCAUAUUUUCAAGCUUCUUGAUAUAAAUUUCACCAAAAAUGUUAAUAUUAUUAACUAUUCUUAUACUAUCAUUUAACACAAGAUACUUAUGAAACAUUUCACAAAUAUCUUAUUCAUUUAAAAUGUUUAAUAUCUCAUUAUCAUUGUACAUUUUUUUAUGUUGACUUUAUUCUGAUGUUUGAUUAUUUUCCCAUUAAAAUCUUUUAAUAAUAAAAACACCCUUUUAUUGUCUUAAAUAACUGUUUUAAAUUGUCAAAAUGAUUGGAUUUUUACAAGGUUUCAGUAACUUUAAGCAAUAUUAUACAUUUUAUGAAUAAAUAACUGUCAUUGUUAUAUGUAAUACUAUUCUAUAAUAAUAAUACUUGUCGAACUAUUAUCCUAUCAUUGAAUUUUCAUAUUAUUUUAUCAGUCUUCAAACACCCAAAGCACGAAAUUGAGAUUGCUGUUAUAAUAUUAUAUUAUUUCAUUUACACAUCUUGUGUGAAAAAUAAAAAUAAUAUUGUUGUUAAUGAACUGUUUCUUUUAAAUCUUGUUUGUUUAAUGCUUAUAAUAUUAUACUACUGACCCAAUGAACAGAUCAUUUUUAUUUUAUUUUUUGUAUGACAAAAUUAUACUAUAAAAUAUUUGUAAUCGAUUUUGGUAUAAUUGUAUAUGUUCUUAUAAAUAAUACUCAUGUUUGUAUAUAUAUAAUUUAUAUUUAUGUUUUUGUUAGGCUUAACCUGAUAACCUGAUAAAUGUAUUGACUAAUAUAAUAAUAUGUAUAAACAAAUUAAACCUCAAUAUACUGUAUAGGAAAAAACUUUUCUGUGGCGGCCUUUUUCAUAAAUUUCUCUUAAUUUUUUUAGAAUACAAAUAUAUCCAUUUAACUCGCAACACUCAUAAUAUUUUUAUUUUUUUUUUAUAAAUUUUUAUGUUUUUUAGCCAAAAUACUCCUAAUAAUGCUAUAAUGUCUUGAAAUUUACAAUUUUAAAUGUACAUUAUGAUUCAAAAGAAAAAAAAACUUAAAAAAUAGUAAAGAAUAUAAUUUUUCCAAAAAUGUAUGACUAUAAUAACUUAAAAUUAUGUAAAAGAAUUAUUUUCAAAACAUUUUUCUAAAAUAAUAAAUUUUGCAUUUAAUGGUGUUUUAAAUAUUUUUUAAAAUCUAUUUAUUCUAAAACUUAAAACAUAAUAACAUUGAAGUAUUUUAUUAUUACCUUUUGUAAUUAACAAUGUAUGAUUGAUCAUCAUUAGUAAAUAAUUCUUAUAUUAUUAUAUUUUGUUCAUUUUAUUAUAAAUUUAAUAUUAUAAGUGACAUUUUACAAUCAUAUAUAUAAUUUUACCCAAUCGGUUAUAUUAACACUUUGGUUUGGUAUGUUUACAAUUGUAUAAAUUAGUCAUCAUUCCAUUUUCUUAAGUAAUUCCAAAAAAAUAUUUUAAUUCAAGUAUCGCACAAUUUAUUAAAUAAAUAAUUUGAUUUUGGUAAAUCAUAUUAUGUCAAUACUAAAUUUUAAUGAUUAUUGUUCACUGUGUAUUAAUAGCCUUUUUAAAUUAUAAUUUAUUAUUUUCCCAUGUAAAUAUCUUAGAUAAUAACAAAAAAAAAAAAACAAUUAUUCUAAAAUAGACAUAUCUAAUUAUUCUUGUCAAUAAAAUAUUGUAACACAAUUAGAUGUUUAAAAAAACAUAUUUACUAUAUAAUUCAAUUUCCAAAUGUUUCUUUACUAAUUAUAAAAAAUUAUUUUGUACAGUCGAAUUCAAAUUAUUGUUUAUAAUUAAAUAUUCAUAAAUUGUAUAUCAGUUAGUAUGCAUUCAUAUAAAAUAAAUUUUUAGUUUAAAACAUUUUCAAAUAUUUUCAUAUGGUUUACAUUUUUAUGAAAUGUUAUAAUUCUUCCUAGACUGAAAUCUUUGAGAAAGGCCGCCUAAAAGCAUUUAUUAUUUUUUCAUACUGCUAUUGUAUUUGACCUUAUUCAACAUUUAACUUAUAAUAAUAAUGCACUUAAGCAAUCAUUUUAUUAGCAAAAUACAAAUUAUUAAAUAAGAAAAUAAAUAUUUUUUCUCAUAUGAUCUAACAUUUUGACGUUAAAACUACCUACUUAAUUUUAAUAAACAAUGACAUAACAUACCAACACAUUUCUCUUAAUUGUUUUUAGAUAUUUAUGUUAAAAUAAUUUUAUCUGCUUAAUUAUUUGAUGUGCAUCAACCGUUAACUAACUUAUCAUUUCAGUUGUUUUUAAUACAAAACAAACUUUGAUCCAACCAAUUUUUUUUUUUUUUAUUAAUUGUAUUUAUCAUUGGUACAUCAGUGUUAUUGUUUAUAUUAAAUUGCAAUAAUGAAACUAAAUGAAUAUCAUCCAAAUAUUUAUUCUAUUAAAACUUAAGGAGUUUAAACAGUACCAAUAGUUACUUUAUUUAAUGAAUGUUAGUAUUGAUAUUUCUUUGUUUUAACUUAUUUUUAUUAUUUUCCUUAAUUAAACCAUAGACUAAAUAAAUGUUUAAUCAAAAUCUUACAGUUUUUUAAACAUUUAAAAGAAAAUAACAAUCUAUUAAAAUAAUACUUUUUGUAUGAUGAUACUUAAUUUUUUAUAUUAAUGAUAAAACAACGCUCAAUUAUUUCAAAUAUUUUUUUUUUACUUUUUAAUUUUCAGUCAAAUUAUACUUUUUAUCAAUUAGUUUGAAUAAUAAUUACAUAGUUUUCUUUAAAUAUUGUAAUAAGUUUAAAAUUGUUUAAAUGAUUAUUUCAAAUUAAUCAACCCAUUUUAAUUGUUUCCCUUGCAUCCUAAAAUAUUGUUAACUGUUUUAAAACGAUCAAAUUUUGUAUGAAUUGUUGUUUUUAUUUUUUAAUUAGUUUCUUGACAAAUAUCAAAAGUAAAAAAUCGAUCUUAAGAAUUACUUAGCAAAGAAUUUUUAUUUUAUUUUCAAAAUUCAAAUUAGAUUUUUUAUUCAAUUACAGAAAUGUAGCUAUAUAUAAUAAAAAUUUAAUGUGCUUAUUACUUUUAAUAAUACUUAAUUACAUAAAAAUUAAAAUUAAUUAGUAUUGAUCAUACAUAGAUUAAAUAACAUUGUAAAUACAGAACACCAUUACAAUAGUUUAUUAUUAAUUAUUUUAAUAUGGUUUUUGCUCAAUAGUAAUAUGUGGUAACUGGCGUCAGUGAGAAAUAAGCAUUUAUGCGUCUUCUAUCUCCGUGCUCUUCUAGUGAGUCAAAUCCAAACAAAAAUAAUAAACAUUAAAUUAUUGUAUUGAUGUUGAGUAUCUAUAAUAUUAUUUAAUCUAUGAUUCAUAACUAAAAUUUUAAAAUAUUACAAAAUCAAUUAAACAUUUUUAAGAAAAAAGAAACAGUGUGGACAAUAGUUUAUUUAUUGUAAUCACAGUUUUAUAUUUUAACUGUUAUUAUUACAGUUCAAAAUUAUAUAUUUAGACCCUUGUGAUUCCUAUAUUCUACAAAAUUUAUGAAAUUAUAAUACAAAUUGGAAAUUGUAGUGCCAUAAUUUAAAAUUUCCAUGUAUAUUAGACAUUAGUCUUGUCAAUUUAUAAUGUUAAUGGAUUAGAAAAUUAUUUAUUUAAUUUACAUUUGCGAUGAACAAACAACAGUUGAUACUAAAAUACUUAAAUAAACACUAUAAGAACAUUAAUAUACACUUAAGUAAUCCUCUUUAAAGCUUAUGUAUUUUAGUACUUUUAAUUAAUGCACAAUCUAGAUUUAGUUUUAUGUUGCACCAUAUUUAUACACCCAUUUAUGUCUAACGCUACUGAUUUAUUAUGUAACACCUUAGAAUUAUGAUAACAUUAUACAUUAAUAUGUAUUUUAGUUUAAUACUAGUCAAUAAUUAAAAAAAAAAAAAAAUGUAGUUGAAAAUUGUAUUAGAUGUUUUAAAUGUUAAUAAAUAUUUACUAAGACUGUUUUAUACCAUGUAUUAAAACAAAUUAUUUAAUUUGAUAUUCAUAUGAAAAACAAAUGCAUGAUAAACAUAUAUUCGGUUUAUGAUACACAUAGAAGAAAUUAACUUAAUAUGUUUUCUAAAUUAGAGAUAGAAGACUGGAGACACUUUGAGAAUAGCUUCAAAAUAUUAAGAGUUUAAAAGGUUUUUUUCAGGCAAAUAGAGCAUUAAAAAAAUAUAUUUAUUAAAUUAAUAAAACCUUAUUAAAUUAAAGUAAACUAAAAUUUAAUCAAAGUUAAUGACUGGUUUAUUAUGCAUUUUAGUUGUUUAUGAUAAUGAUCUUAAUAUAACAACAUUUGUAAAAGAAAUAUUAUAUAUUUAUUAUUAUUUAUUUUAUAGAAGUCUUGACCCAAGGACUUCUAUUUUUUUUAAGAACGUGUCAAUGCAUGGUAUUCUCCCUUAAGGUUUAAACAUUUAUUAAAAGAUGUAUAUAUGUAUAGUUUUUUCGGAAUGUAACAUUUACAAACUCCCAAGCUAUGCUAAAUACAUUUACGUCUAAAUCAGUAAAACUUAAUUUUAAUGUCACUACCUAUUUAUAAUUGUUCCCUAACGGUCCAUUGUAUAAAUUUACCAUUAUAUUUAAUAUCUUUAUUUACUAGUCUUAUAUGUAUGGCCUAAUUUAUAUUUAUUACUAUUAUUUUGUAUUUAUCGGGAUGAUUUGAAAAUCCUUCAAGUUCCAUAAAAUUAAUUUAUACUUAUUUUAGAAUAAGUAAAUAUAUUAAAAUAUAACAGUGCCUUUUUAUUAUUAUUUAUUGAUUUCUCAAUGCUUAAAAUUUCUAAAUAUUUUUUUCUAAAUUGCAAUUGUAUAUAGCUAUGCUAAUUACAACUAAAUAUUUUAAUUUCAUAGAAUUACCUAUGUUUUUGCUAAACAUUUAUUUUGUUGUUUUUUCAAGUUAACCAUCAAAAAAAUUAUUUAAUAAACUGUGUAUUUCUAUUUGGAAUUUUGUAAGUUUACAUUUUUUAAAAAUGAUUGGCAAAUCAUUGAGUAAGAAACAUUAAAAUGUUGAUUUUGCUCAAUCAAAUUUUGUAUUUUUUUAUAUUUUCUAUCCCUAACCAACACUUUGUCAGAAAAUUGUGCCAAAAUUGAAUUAUUAUAUAUCAGUGUUGUCUGUCUUAUAAAAAAACAAAUUUUGUUUUAAUUUUUUGAAGUCUGAUUAAAUAGUAUAGAUGUAGUUGUAGACGCUAUAUUAUUUUUAGUCAUUUUUCUGACUAUUUCGAUUGUAAAAAUUAAUCAAAUAUUACUUUCUGGUUUAUUCUGAUUAUUUUCUACUCCAAAUUUAAGGAGAAUUACAUUAUUUUUUUUAAUUACUAUUUAAACUAUUUAAAUUAAAUUCAGUAUCCCUUGAAUUAAUAUUAUUUUUUGUAGAAUAAAUUACUUAAUAGUUAUUGUUUAUUUAUUAGUUACCUAAUUUAUUGUAUACACAUUUUAGUUAAUAAAAUACACGUAAUUUUGUCCAUUCUAAUUAUUGAGAAAAAAUUAGGAUGUAUAGAAAACUAGUCAAAAUUUUAAAAAUGCUUUGUUUUCUACUAUUUUUUUAAGUUAGUUUUGUUGUAAAGUUUGUAUAAAAUACAGAAAAUAAUAUAAUGAUCUUAAUACUUUUCAUUUUUAUAUAUUUAUAAACUGAAUUGUACAGUUGUCAUUAAAUAAGUUGUGUAUUAUUAUUAUAAAUUUACCAUCAAUUAUACUUGUUAACUGUAUAAACUAAACUUUUAUCAUAUAAAACAACAUCACGUAUUGUUAACUUAGUAAAGUAUAUUAUUAUGUCAAAACUAAAAAACUCUAUGAAGAAAUGAUUGACCUGUUGAUUUAAACUUUUCAUUUGAGUUAUAGAAUUAUUGUUACACACACACACAUGUACACACACUCACAAUUUACUUAUAAUUUCUAAGUUUACAAUAUUCAUAAUGGAACAAAUUUCUAUUUUGAAGGCCAAAUUGCAAUGGUAUGGUUAAUGCUGUAGUAUUUUUCAUAAACCAAUAUUUUCUUUGUCCUAAAAAUAUACUUACCACAUCUGCGUGUUUUCUUUAAUACUAUCUUUUUGUUUGAUGUUUAUGUUUGUACCUAUAAUUGAACAAAAUUAUUAUUAUAUGUACUUAUGAAGAUGUACUAUAGACAAUAUAUUAUUUAAAUACUAUAAUAAACCAUAGGAUAGUUUAAAUAGUUUAAAUAAAAUAUGUAAUUCAUUUGUAUACAAUACGUUUCUAUGUUACAUUAUACAUUGUAAUAACAACUUUAUUUUAUUCACACAAUAACAAAUGGAAAAUAAAUUUUAUAUUCGUACGCCUUA